CGAAACACAUAGCAAUAAAACGCUGGAGAAAGGCCGCAAACACAAGAACCAGAAAACGUGUUCGCUGUUUCGAAAUCCCACUCUAACGAUUGCAGCACCCACAAUAUUCAUUUCGAAUGAAAUUUCACCAGCAAUGGAUUCUACGGUCGGGAAAUACGGGGAAGCAAUCUCGUCUGUGUUUAGUACUCCGGAUACUCCGGAGAAGGGGAAAAAGAGCAUCGCACAAUCGAAGGCGCUCGCUAACAUUCACGGGGAACAGCUCAACUUUGAAACCCCACCACGAUGCGGCGAAGAAGAAAUGGACGAGGGCCGUGAUUCAAAUAGUGUCGAUGUCGGCGAGGUGAUCUCUCGUCCGAGACAGGUCGAAGGCAACGGGGCAGUUGAAUCGGCGCAAGAGCGUGCUCUGCGUGAAGAGCAGGAAUCUCUCGAACUCGCACGAGCCCUGAUGGCCGAAGAGGCGAUGGCAUCCUAUACACAAUCUCUAGAUUACUUAACGAACAACCAGGACCAGUUUUCUGAUGAAGACCUAGCCGCCUUGCAAGCCGUCAUGAACGAAGAACAGCACCAACACGAACUAGAGAUAAACGCAGACGCCGAGGCAGCUAUUGACGGGGAUGAUAACGGUGAUUCAUAUGAAUUCAUGCUGCGUCUUGGAGAGCGCAUGGGUGAUGUCAAAUCGGAACGCUGGGCACAAGUGGCGCAAAAGAAAAUCGACGGGUUACCGAUUGUUGUGUUUGACCCCGAAAACUGCAGCAACAAGAAGGAUGCAAAUGAUUGCGACAUCAAGUGUUUGGUAUGUCAAGAAGAAUAUUGUAAGGCUGAGCGCCUACGAAAGCUACCAUGUGGGCAUUGCUUCCAUGUGGAAUGCAUUGACCAAUGGCUGCUGUCAAAGGACUUCUGUCCAUACUGCCGUACCACGUUGGAAAAAGAGUAAGGAUUGUUCGACACAUGUUUCCACCAUGGGUGCACACCAGAGAUAUUCAAAGAAAAGCUUUUUCUUGACCAAAUCAACGCACGCGCAAACA